CUCAGGCCCCUCUCGGUCCAUGGUGAAUGGUCAGGGAGAAAGAGCAGCGUAUCUUUGUGACCAAUCGCAGGUAGAGCCAGCCGAUCAGUGGAUCCCCGCAGCAUUCCAAACUGACACCAGUCACUCGGGGCUCCCGGAAAAGUCGACACUGAUGGCUUGGCCAGUUGCCAAUGCCUUCUCCCUGUAGCCCAUCCAGAAAUUGCACAUCUCUGCAAUCAUCUAACACCAGCGGCCCCUCAGACUGUGGACAGUUUACAGAUGAAACUGUUGAAAAGGAUAUUGUCUGACCGGAAGACUAUCCAGUGUUUCCCAGCACCGGGAGCUAUGGAGAGCUCAGAGUGGAGCCGCAGGCGGCAGCAGCAGCAGUGAGCUAGCAGGUGCUGAAUGAGUGAACGGCCUCGGCAUGUGGGGCUGGGAGCGGCGGUCACUGCGGAGUGCACCCAGCAGCUAAUACAGAAUUUCAGGAUGGUGGCAGUGAUGACAGAAGCUGAUGAAGAAAGUCGAAAGCAAUGGAGAAUGCCACACCUGAACCAAUGUACGUUGAUGUGGACAAAGGUUUGACAUUGGCCUGCUUUGUUCUCCUGUGCCUCUUCCUGAUUAUGAUGAUUAUCCGCUGUGCCAAAGUGAUCAUGGACCCAUACAGUGCCAUCCCCACAUCAACCUGGGAGGAGCAGCAUCUGGAUGACUGAAUGCAACAUGGGCACAGGGGACAAGUCUAAGAGAUUCCUCAUGCUGCCACUAGAUAAAGAUGCCCAGCUUAACACGUCUGCUUGAGCAGACAGGACUCAUUACAAAUAUUGAACCUAAUCGUCAAAUCCUGUGGAAGUGUUUACUGGAAGUUGCAUGUGUAUAAGUGCCUCAGCAAAGAUUAUGUUUGUCUUAAAUGAUCUUUUAUGUUUAUAUCGUACAGUUGCACUGGAUCAAUAGAACUGUAUAUCUUACACAUAUCAACAGUAGUCUUAGGGUAGCACAGGAUAAAUAUGAAUCAAUUAUCUGCUGUUAAAUAUAAAGACAUAUGACAAAGCCUUGGCCUACGCCUGCUAAAUCCUAUGUCAUAAAAUCCCUAAUUCUCUGUAAGCAAUAUAUAGCAAUGGUAUCAGUUUGAAAGGCAUUAUGAAUAUCUCUGUUUUCUGAAAAUUGUUUACAGUUGUGGUGCUUUCCUUGACCUAUAACCUCUCAUUACAGCUUUAUGUGCUAAUGUCCUUUAAAAUCAACUCAAAGUUUGUGUUUACACCAGAUGACUUUUUGAUUGACCCACUCCGCAAUGGGGUACCCAGUGUUUUCUCACACUUUGACUCCAUUAAAUGGACCAAUGAUGGUAUGAUUAUUGUUUGUUUACACCCUGGACCAAAUCACUUCAACUGAGAGUUACACACAUCUGUGUACUAACUGUCAGCUAUGCGUUCUUGGCCUUAAUGUUAGAUCUGCAAGGUUUCUGCCUCCUGACCCCAAUAGCAGCUUAUAGCCAGUGGUGAAACUGUAAGGAGGAGGAGCUAAUGGCCACAUCCAUAUAUAACAAACUUAAAAAUAAAGUUCCAUUUUUAAAAACCACAACAUGGUUCACUCAGUCAGAAAUACUGACUGCAUUUCUUUGGGUGUCCAAUGAUUCCACUGGACUUGUUCUUUUCAUUUUUCAUCUAUUUUUAAUGACCUUGUUCUUCAGGAUUGAUGUAAAGCAUAGAGAAUUUAGUCCUCAUUCCCCCUCAUAGGGGAAACAGCCUCUCUGUGUCCACCCAGUUAAUCCCCUCUGCAUUUCAUAUGUUUCAAUAAGAUCACCACUCAUCCUUCCAUACAGUACAAUGGGCAAAAACUAAAUGGUCCAACCCUUCAUCAUAAGAUGGCACUGUCUGUUAGAGACCAGACCAGACUUCCCCAAAAUAUUUUAUUGAGAUAGCCUAGAUCCUAGCUUUUAAUUUGUUUUGAAGGCAAGGGUAAGGUGCUUCGUCCGAGAUAUGAUUUGAUUGGUUCUCCAUUAAGUUUUAAUCAAAACACACUUUAUUCUUACAAUACAAUUAAAAUACAGCAAAGCAAAGAAUCUGUAUAAUGACUUUAUUCACAUACUUGAAAGGGCAAUGUACUAUUUAACCACUUAAUCAUCAACUGUUCGAAUAUAGACAGCAUCCCAUAAACACAUCCUACGGAAAAAAUGCAAUGCAGCAAUACAAUUAUGAUUCUCACAUGCUCCCUCUGUCCAGGUCAGUAGGAAGAAACACUGAAAUAAACAAUCUGCUCCUUCUGAUUUCUAAGCGGACAAUGCCCUGUCUGAGUCUUCAGUCUAGCAGCAGACAGAACUCUAGUUAUCUGCUCCAGCAGCUAACAAAAAUACCCACUGAAAGCAAAACAAAUGUCCUCAGAGUCUGUCUGAGCC